GAAGUGUUCGCGAUCUGUACUCGCAUCCAGAAUAACAGUCGGAGAAUCUAGACUUUUAACAAUUUUGAUUGAAUAGAAUUAUUAACUGUUUAUUUACUUGUACUGACUUGAAUAUCGCUUCAUUUAGAGAUCGUCUAACGUUACUAUUAACCGCGCAACAGUGAGCCGGAGGUGAGCGAACAGUCGCUAAGCAUGUAACUCAAGAUAUAAUCCAGAGCCACGCAACUUGAGCUCGGGCUAAUUAUCAGACAUUUAGUUUAGAGCUGCUGUCAUCACAGCAUUGCACUUGCAAUGGGCUGCGUAGCGUCGAUCUGUAGAUGUUGACACAUCUGGAGCUGUAAUUGGCCGAGGGAAGAUGCAACAGGUUCUGUACGGAUCUGUGGAUCGAGACCAGCCUCUCAUCCGUGUGCCUUUCACCCGGUUAGCGGUGAUCACAGUGUGUCUGCCUCUGCUCGGCCUCGUCGCCUGUAUCGUGCUGGCUCUGCUCUACCACUACAACGAGGCGACCUACACACACUGCGAGGUUCCUAACUACCUCCCGUCCAUCAGCGCAGCCAUCAGUCUGACACCGGAGCGCUACAUCUGGCGUUUCAGCAUCGGCCUGCAUUCUGCUCCACGCUUCCUGGUAGCAGCAGCAUAUUUGAGCUUUUACCGCGGACGCUUUUCCAGGAGGCUGACGGAGCAGCUUUUGAGUGUUCUCACAUUCCUCUUAGCUUUAAGUGAAAAUGUAGGGCUGCUUCUGCUCACCUACGUCUCUUCCAAUGAGACCUACAGUGUCCAUAAGAGCGGCUUCGUCUUGUUUAUUGGCAGCUCCCUGUUCCACAUGAUGUGCACCUGCAAGCUGUGGUCCUUGAUUGCAAAGUAUUCCCUCAGUGCAGAGGAGAUGAUGUCAUACCGCUGGAAGCUCCGCCUCUUCCUCUUCAACGGUUUCUUCGGUCUGUUUGCUGCUUAUUUCUACAAGCGGCACAACGCACACUGUGAAGCAGGAAUUUACACAUUCUUUGCUUUUUGUGAGUAUCUGGUGGUGCUGUCCAACAUGGCCUUCCACAUGACUGCCUACUGGGACUUUGGAGGUAAGGAGGUGAUUGUUGUAACACCUCCAGAGGGAAAGCGCUUCUGACACAGGAAGUCAAUACUUGCAUCAUCUCCUUGAAACUUGAGACUCUUGAGGGCUCUGAGGGUGGCACUCAUGCUGAUUUAGGGUCGACACUGAUUGAGCGAAGACUGUUCACAUCUUCACAUAUUGUGUUUUUAACUCAGUUACUUCAAAAAUUCAAUACAGAUGUUUAAACAAUCAUUGUCAGUGGUGUGCUACAUUUUGAACGAUUACAUUGUUUAUUCAGGUGUAAUUGGAACGGCUGAUUCAUUACUUCAAAUAAAUGUAUUUGACUUGUCUGUCUCUUUCUAAUUGGUUUGUCAGGGUCAUGCUUUGGUUUCACUCGAAAUGAUGUGAAGUUUAAAAUAUUUGCUUAUUAUUUGUUAAAUAUUUGCAAGUGUAAAAAUAAUUGAACUCUUGAGGAGUGAUGAUGGACUUUGACGUCGUGUCAGUUGGUUUGCAGCUGCUGUUUCACAAGUGCAGCAUUGAGCUCAUACACACUGACUGCUCACGCUACUGAAAGACAUUUAGUUCAGUCACACCUUUGUAAACGCUAAUGUAAAUCAUGUGAAAAGUCAUUUUAAACUGCCUUUUGCACAGCGUUUCUUGUGUGCCUUUAGUGGCUAGAGAGCACUGUAAAGUUUACAUAUUUCUGUGGUCAAAUGUAGAGCGGUUAUUGAUCGUGAACAACAUGGGCCCUAGGAUGCAUUUCAGAUAUGAUGUUGCCAUUGGUUGAAUGAGAAAACUGGCUCAGUCUUUUCAUAGAGCAACAUGAUGUUGUGAACAUGAUUGCAUAUAAUAAUGCUUUUUAUGAUGUACCAAAAUACUUGGUACAAAAUAAUCGGGUGCCAAAUAAAUAUUUGGGUGAAAAGUAAGUGGAUCAUUUCUGAGAUUAGCACAUGCAUAUUUACUGGAUAUAUUGGUACCCUAUUCAUUAAUGG